CUUGUCUGUCCCGACUCAUCCUCUGAAAAGGAUACUUUGAUCGUCACUGUCGGACACUGGAGACGGGACAGAUACUGGAAUGCUCUGUGUGAGGUAAGGUUGCUUUGAAGCCAAGAUGGAGUUAAAGAAGGAUCGUGAGUGGCCCCCAGGGGAGCCUGCUCCUACUCCCCCCAACUCUGUCUGCUGUAGGAAAAUCACACUGGCUUUUAUCCUAGUCUUAUUCAUCAGCGUCUUUGUGGGCUUGUUGGUUGCAUACUUGGUGCAAGAGGAGCAUUACUUCAUGGAGACAGUAGAGCUGAAGGGUCUGAAGUAUGGCCCUGACCUGCAAGAUGAGAGCUCUGCAUUCUCUAUAGUGCUCACUUCUACUCUAAGGACUAAGAUCAAGAAUAUUUUCAUUGCCUCGUCAAUAGCACAUCACUAUAUCAACUGUAAUAUUGUUGCCUAUGGUAACAUCAAUGGCGAUGUGAUGGCCACAUACCGACUGGUCUUCAGCGUGUCCAAGGUCCAGCAGUACUCUGAUAAUUUUAUUCAGGACCUUUUGAGGGUAGGACUGAAUGCCCUGUUCCAUGGGAAGCCCAUAGAAGUGCCUGAGUUUGGAGAGAUCAACACUAUUGUCUUACUGGGGGCCAGUGGGAAGUCAUUCUAUAGCAUUGGAGAUGAUAUGGCCAGCUGUCCCGACAACACUUUCAGCUGUGACAAUGGGGAGUGUGUCACCAAGGUCAACGCCGAGUGUGAUUUCAUCCCAGACUGUGCCGACGGCUCUGAUGAAGCUUACUGCUCCUGUGGGACUCGUCCGGCCAUGGGCAGUAGAAUAGUGGGUGGAGUGGAUGCCCGUCCUGGGGAGCUGCCCUGGCAGGUCAGUCUGAGGCUGCAUGGCCGACACAACUGUGGAGCCUCCAUCAUCAACAGCCAUUGGCUUGUCACUGCUGCUCACUGCUUCGAGAAGGACAAUGACCCAAAAGAAUGGACAGCCCUGGUAGGAGCCAUCCUGGUGAGUGGAGAAGAGUCAGAAGCCAUCUCUGUGAACAUCAAGUCUGUGUUUGUGUCCCCACACUACAACCCUAUGACCACUAACAACGAUGUGACCAUGCUGGAGCUAGAGACCCCCCUCACCUUCAGCCCCUACAUCCAGCCUGUCUGUCUGCCCUCCUCCUCCCAUGUCUUCAGCCCAGGCCGGAACUGUGUGGUGUCUGGCUGGGGGGCUCUCAACCAGCAUUCCUUUGAUACGCCACCAUCUCUACAGAAGGCAGUGGUGAAUAUCAUUGAUUCAAAGGUCUGCAACAAGUCGUCCGUUUACAGAGGCUCUGUGACUGACAACAUGAUGUGUGCUGGCUUCUUACAGGGGAAGGUCGACUCCUGUCAGGGUGACUCUGGAGGGCCACUGGUGUGUGAGGAGGCCCCAGGGCGGUUCUUCCUGGCUGGGGUGGUGAGCUGGGGUGUGGGCUGUGCUCAGAUCAACAGGCCAGGGGUCUAUUCCCGCGUCACCAGGCUACGCAACUGGAUCCUCAGCCACACCAACCCUGGCAUGGUCCACUACCCUGCCCACACCCCGCCAAUGGUGCCAGUUACGACACCAACAGUCAGUCCUAUUUCCAAGACAAUGGCAGCAGCUCCACUCCUGCCUGCUGUGAACUGUAGUGAGAACUUCAAGUGCAGGGCUGGGGACUGCAUCAACAAAAUUAACCCUGAGUGUGAUGGUGUCAUUGACUGCUCUAACGAGGCUGAUGAGAAGAACUGUGACUGUGGCAUGCGUCCGGCGGUGGGCUCCCAGAGGAUUGUGGGUGGCUUGACAGCACGGAGGGGGGAGUGGCCAUGGAUUGGCAGCCUACAGUAUCAACGCUUACACCGCUGUGGAGCCACUCUCAUACACUCUAAGUGGCUCCUGACUGCUGCCCACUGCAUCAAAGGUGACUCCAACCCUGGCGGCUGGUCAGUGAGUCUGGGUUCAGUGCUGAGGUCCGGGGUGGGAGCUCUGGUUAUCCCCAUCCAAAGGAUCAUACUGCACCCAGGCUUCAACAGAACCAACAUGGACUAUGAUGUGGCCCUGCUGGAGCUGGCUGUCCCAGCACCCAGGUCCUACACCAUCCAGUUGGUUUGCCUCCCCUCUCCCGUACACAGCUUUCUGAAGAACACUGAGUGCUACAUCACUGGCUGGGGCUCCAUGAGGGAGGGAGGUUCGCUGACCAACCUGCUCCAGAAAGCUGAUGUGAACAUCAUUGAGCAGUCAGACUGCCAGCAGGCAUACGGCAACAGCCUCACCCCGAGCAUGAUGUGUGCCGGCUACAUGGAGGGGGGCAAAGACACAUGCCUGGGAGAUUCUGGUGGCCCCCUGACGUGUCGUGAACUCUCUGGCCAGUGGUUUGUUGCCGGGGUGACCAGCUGGGGACAUGGCUGCGGACGGACUGCUUUCCCAGGAGUCUAUAUGCGGGUCACUGCCAUCAGGGAAUGGAUAUCCAACUAUCUGCACUUCUGAGGCUAUGGAAGAGAGAAGGAAUUGAGACCGACAGAGACAUCA